AUGAAAUCGUACAAGGUUGGGGUCAUGUACUGCCGGGCAGGACAGGCCACUGAAGAAGAAAUGUACAACAACGAAACUGCGGGUCCGGCUUUUGAGGAGUUUCUCGAGAUGCUGGGCCACAAAGUUCGGCUCAAGGGCUUCCAGAACUAUCGGGCGGGCCUCGACAACAAGACGGACACCACCGGCCUCUACUCGGUGUACUCAACCUAUGAGGACUGCGAGAUUAUGUUCCAUGUUUCCACCAUGCUUCCAUACACACCCAGCAACAAGCAGCAGCUGCUGCGCAAGCGUCACAUCGGCAACGACAUCGUCACCCUCGUGUUUCAAGAGCCCCGAGCUCUGCCCUUCACGCCCAAAAACAUCCGGUCACACUUCCAGCAUGUCUUCAUCAUCGUGCGCGCCAUCGAACCCUGCACCUCCAAGACUCGGUACAGCGUUGCCGUGAGUCGAUCGAAAGAGGUCCCCGUGUUUGGUCCUCCGAUCCCCGACGGUGCCACAUUCCCUAAGUCCAAGAAGUUCACCGACUUCAUUCUUGCUAAAGUGAUCAACGCAGAGAACGCUGCCCACCGAUCUGAAAAGUUUGCCACCAUGGCACAGCGGACGCGGCAGGAGUACCUCAAGGACCUCGCAGCCAACUACUCGACCAACACCACACUUGACUCUGGACCUAAAUUUUCCCUUCUGAGCUUCGGAUCACGCAAGAAGGAGAGACCGCGGCCUAGGUUUGUGCCGGACGGCUUUGUGCGGGGCGCCAUCUCUUGGUCGGUUCAGGUGGAAGACCAGGGCCAAGGCUGUGUGUGCGACUGCAUCCUCGGCAUCUCAGCCAGCUCACUCGUGCUACUAGACGACGUGACCGGAGAGCCGGUCUUCGGAUGUGCGACCGCUGCAGUGCUUGGAUGGUCCUCGCACAGCAGCAGUCUGAAGCUUUUCUACCAUCAGGGAGAGUGCGUGGUGCUCCGGGCACGUGACUCAGAUGCCGACGAGGCGCAAGAGAUUGUGACCAGGUUGGCCUGCGUCACCGAUGGAUGUGAGACCCAGGAGCUGAUGUUGUGCCGCAAUACUGUCGGACAGCUGGGCUUUCACGUUCAGUCCGAGGGGCUGGUCACCGAGGUCGAGCCACAUGGGCUCGCCUGGGAAGCUGGACUUCGACGUGGAUGCCGUCUGCUCGAGAUCUGCAAGGUGGCCGUGGCAACCCUCAGCUAUGACCAGAUGGUGGACCUGCUCAAGACAUCCGUCAUGGUCAGCGUCACGGUCGUGCCUCCGCACAAGGACGGCAGCCCUCGGAGAGGUUGUCCCCUGCAAAACUGCAGCUACUUUGGCCCCGACUACGACAGCAGCGCAGGGUCUGACCUGGGGUCGCCCGGGGGCAGCACCAGUGGCUUGCUCCAGAGGGGAGGGCCUGCACCGGCUGUUGGCCAACAGGUGCCGUCGUAUGCCAAGGCUCGAGCAAGGAGUGAUAUGCAGUUCAGGUGUACCAGCCAACCACAGAGGCCCUGUGAAGCUCCACCAGCUGAUGACCGGCCAUCACCUGUGCCCCCACCGGUUCCAGCACGAAUGGCACGCAGUCCACCAGGAAGAGGCGGAAGCUCGCCAAACGAGCGGCUGGCCCGACGAGCAGCGUGCAACUCCCUGCCACCCUUAGUGGUGGCGCCACCGCCUUCCUCUACAGUCUCGGGCCAAUCAGUACCACGGGAUCACAGGAGUGUGUGA